AUGGUCAACGUAUUCCAACGCUUCACCAAACGUCGAGCACAGAGCUCCAGCAGUAGCCCGCCAGAACAGGCAGAGACUACAGGGCCUAACUCCGCAGCUUCCCACCCCCAUGGACUCCAACGAACUGUCAGUUCGAGCUCCGGCAAACGGAGCCAACGCUAUGAGGAGCCGUCUCCUCGUCACCUCUUAUUGAUUUCCGAUACAGCUCAUUUCGACCCAAAUGUGAUUCAUUGUUUUCAAGCAGAAGGCUUUGAUGUGAUAUAUCUUCCCUUCAUGGGCAGUGGAGACGCAGACAAAGAUCGCAAAGCCCUCGAGUAUGCAGUACAUCUGAAAGAGGAUGAGCUCGAAACAGGAGAGCGGUAUGCGAUUGUUGCAUACCACCGUCCCGCUUACCUUCUCCUCGCCUCGCACCAUAUGACACACAGCACCACAAACCCCUUCCCACGUCUCUGUGCUCUAAUAGCCUACUAUCCUCUAUCAUCAACGGACCAAUACACAUAUCGACAAAAGGACAAUUGCUCGCCACCGGGUUGCUCCGAUACUGGCAGCAUCUUCGAUCCAGGCCCUAAAUCAACAUACCUCCCGAUCCAAAUCCAUGUCCCCGGCCCUCGCGUACAACCCUGUGCACUUUGGCCAUGGAUUAGUCUCAGUUCAUCAGAAGGAGAUGUGACGUAUAAGAAGCGACACAGAUGCCACGUCUACUCAUACGCGGGAUCCAGAGCCGGGUUCGCAGAGAAGGAUAUCGCAGAGGACAAAUUAGGGGAGGUGGACGAGGAAGUCAACACAGAAGACGAGAUCAGUGCACAGUUAGCGUGGAGUAGAGCGCUGGGCUGUCUACGACGUUCAUUUGGCGUUGGGAGCCACUGGGCGGUUGUUGAUAUCGAAACUGUUUGGGAGGAGUAUUGGGAUCGAGUUUGGGGGGAGCUGGAGACCCGGAGGGAAAACCAUGGCAGCGUUGCUGAGCCUGCUGUCAAUUUACUCACGAGUCAUGGUCAUUUCGGUGAGCUUGGUUGUCCAGCUGGAGUAUCAUCUGUGAAGUGUGUUCCUACUGGGGCUGGAGGCUCGACUAUCUCAUCCCUGAGAGAUUUCUUCACUCAUGUCUUCAUUCCUAAUGGACCAGCCGAUCAGCAGGUCCGUCUGCUGUCGCGCACAGUUGGAUCUGAUCGCAUUGUUGAUGAAAUCACAUUUUCCUGUCGUCAUACAGCGGAGAUACCUUGGCUUCUUCCUGGUCUUCAGCCGACGGACCAGGCAAUUCAAGUCGUCAUUGUUGUAGUCGUGGGUUUCUGUGCUGGCCAGAUCACACGGCAAAGCUUGUAUUGGGACCAGGCAAGCGUGCUCGCUCAGGUUGGAGUGAUAGAUCGUGGGUUGCUGCCAUUGGCGCAUGGUGAGCAGCAACAUAGUUGA